CAACUUCGAUGGCUUAAGUGGCCCAUUUGCACUCAUGCUCGGAGCCGAGGAGGGAUGUAAGGUACGGGCCAUCCACCGCCCUCACAUUGCGCGGAGCACCGGCAUGAUCCAGGUCGCCAUCUGAGUGCCAGAGAAAGAAAGAAAGAAGGAAAGAAAGAAAAAAGAGAAAAACUACUUUCGAGAUGUGAAUGGUCGAAAAUUUGCUUCACUCACUCCACCGGCUCGCCUGUCCUAUGCUACCGACAACGGGAUUUCAAGAGGAAAAUGAUUGUGGCAUUAUAAACUACUUCUGGGGACGCCUGUCACAGAUCUCUCCGCUGAAGUGGACAGGGUGGAUGGUUAUUUCCCACACACUUCCAGCCUAUGUGUGCUGCAUUCAUCUGUUGGAAACGCUGCCUAGUAUCUUCGACAAAAGAGGAAUGCUGGUCCAAGAUCUAAUGCCAUUCACUUUAAGUUGUUGGCCUUUAUUCUUCGGUCACUGCCUCCUCUCACUGUUUUUACUCUCAUGCCAGGGAGAACUCCAGAGGUCAUGCUCACGGACUGUGGCGGAGAAAGUUAGUGAACAGUGCCAGCUGGCAUGCCACUGUAGAAGAUACCCUCCCCUGCCUCCACCGCCACCUCCCCCGCCUCCCCCGCGGCUACUGGGCACAUCAGUGCCAGAGCCCAUGGUGCCCUUGUUGAGGCCCUGGUGGAUGGAGAUGGACAUUGUAGUGCUUGGAACGGUGGGCUGUGCCUCAGUGGUGUUCCUCCUCUCAGCCAUCAUCAUCUGCUACAAGGCCAUCAAGAGGAAACCACUACGGAAAGAGGAGAACGGGACGAGUCGCGGGGAAUACGCCAUGAGCAUCCGCAACAAGAAGGCCAUGGGUACGAACAACACUGUGGUAUAGACUGUCUCCCGGUGGACGCAGGAAGUGACAUCACCGUGUACGUCUCUCACCUCAACCCCCCGAAUACAGUGAUCCCUUCUCACCCAGAAUGCAACAGGGGUUUUAUUUUCAACCCGAGGUAUUCAAAUACCGUCCCUAUUUGCUUGGCAUGUCGCCUGGACUAAAGACACAAUUCAGCUCGGGAGGAGCUGCAGAAGACGGAAGGAGGAAAAAAAGUGAAGGCAGAAAGGACGGAGAGAAAGAUCCACAAGCCCCCAUGGUGUCCAAAGUGGCACAGCAGGCUGAACAUUAUGCUCUUAGUAGCAGCAAGUGUUGUUGACAGGCUGGUUGGCUGCUGGCUGGAGAGGGACUGUCUGCCAGUCUGCCGCAGAUCCAGACCUGACACACUGUUGACAUCUGCAACGGAACAACAGACAAUACAGCAGCCCCCGCGCUCUCAUGGGUGGCUCAACAGGACGCCCCCUUACCCCCCCCCACAUACACACACGAUACAUAACGUGCAUGCAGUUUUUACAGAGAAUGCAACAUUUUUUUAUAUUCCAAUCCUCACACUGUUCAUCUUUGGUUCUCCAUUUCUGAGACAGAUGCUCUGUGAGAGGCAUGAUGUU